AUGCUUUUGCAGGAGAUGUGUCAGAAGAAGGCUGAAUGGGAUGACAAACCAGAUAACACCACCUUAGAUAAAUGGAAACGGUGGACCCAGAACAUAAAGGACAUACAAGAAGUUAAAAUUGAUAGGUGUUAUGUUCCAGGAGGAUAUGGAAAGGUGGCAAGUAGAGAAUUACAUGCAUUCAGUGAUGCUAGUGAGGUGGGUUUUGGGGUUGUUAUAUAUCUCAGAUCCACAAAUGAGAGAGGAGAAGUGCAUGUAUCCCUUGUGUCCUCAAAUGCCGGAGUGGUACCUCUGAAAAAGGUAACCAUACCCAGAUUGGAAUUGACGGCAGCCAUUCUGGCAGUCAAGAUGGUGCAUGUAGGGACAAGAGAACUGUACUUUGACAUAGCGAGAACCAUGUAUUGGACCCAUAGCACAGCCGUCUUGAGAUAUAUCGCCAAUGUGCAAGCAAUGUAUCUGACGUUUGUAGCCAAUUGGGUACAACUUAUCAGAGAAGCAACCAGUCUAUCCCAUUGGCAUCAUGUGAGCACAAGGGAGAAUCCAGCACAUAUGACUUCCAGAGGCGUUAAGAGAACACAAGACUUGAUGAAUGGCAUCUGGUUCAAGGGACCAGAUUUCUUGUGGCAAUCAGAAUCAGAGUGCCGAGAGAUGUGUUAA